AUUUGGUCAACGGUUUCGGUUUCAUGGAACGCAACUAGCAUGGAUUUGAUAUCGCUACCACCCUGCUCGAGACGCCUGGAACUGACGACAAUGGUGAACGAACAACCGAUGGCACUGUCGCCUGCGUCCAACUCGGCGAUUAAGAUCUCGACGACAUUUUUAAAGACGCCUGUCAAGACGGACCAGGAAAUACUCCAGAACUCGAUGCUUGAAGACGACCCUAAUUCCAACACAAUACUGGCAAGCACCGGCCUGACCGAAGACAACAGUGCGAACCUCGAGAAACGGCCACGCUGGGGACCACAGCACAAAGGCGCUCAGGAGCUGGCGAAGCUGUACAGUAAUGGCAAACGAACCCAGGAGCUAGUGUGUGUGUACAUCUGCAUUUCGCUGAUGGUGCUAAAUCUCGGCCUAAUACUGAGACACUUUCGCUUCGAGCGCGUCAGCAACGUCGUGGUGGCGGCCAUCUUCGGCAUACUGACGGCAGACUUUGGUUCGGGGCUGGUACAUUGGGGUGCCGAUACCUGGGGCUCCGUUGAUUUGCCCAUCGUUGGUAAGAACUUUCUUCGGCCCUUCCGAGAGCAUCAUAUUGAUCCGACGUCCAUCACGCGGCAUGACUUCAUCGAAACGAACGGGGACAACUUUAUGGUCGCACUGCCGAUACUCGGCAAGCUGGCGUGGAACUUUUUCACCAGAACGAAUGCCGAAAUACAGCAGGACUAUGCUAUCAGUGCGUACCUAUUCCUCUGCUCGAUCUUUAUCGCCAUGACGAAUCAGAUUCACAAAUGGUCGCACACAUACUGGGGCCUGCCAAGAUGGGUGCUAUUUCUGCAGAAUCAUCACAUCAUUUUGCCCAGACGUCAUCAUCGCAUUCAUCACGUUGCACCGCACGAAACGUACUUCUGUAUAACGACUGGCUGGCUCAACUGGCCGCUGGAAAAGAUUAAAUUCUGGUCGACACUGGAGGCAAUUAUUGAACUAUCGACUGGCCACAAACCUCGUGCGGAUGACUUAAAGUGGGCCCAAAAGCGUACAUGAUCCUUUUGCACCAUGGCAUCCAUCCUGUGG